CCCAGCCUUGAUGUGAUUCGGCUAUUUCAACUAUUUGACGCAGUCUGCACCUUUCGUCACUCAUAGCUCUUGACACCAUUGGUGAAGUUACACGCGGCUCCGUGAACGUCGCCCAAUUAGGUCGAUACGCAGUGUGAUAACGCAUGAGGAUAUCCCAUGGUUGGGCUUUUCGGGCUGGGUUGGUGAAAUGCAUGGUGGCCGCAUGGCAGCUCAGCUCACGCAAGGUACCUAGGUAUUACGUAGUUGCAAUGAGGAUUCCAGGUUGUUACUGUCGCAAUAAGGCCGAUACGCAUAGCUGACAUACAAAAUGGACAGGAGGAUAUCUUCUGGUUGGGCGUUGCUGGUACUCUGUUCGUUGCCUGACCUGCUGAUGGAUCGGGCCGACAUACACAUGAUCUGUGAAGGCAUCGAGGUGCUUUGUGUCUUCAGCAACUGGGAAUUAUCCAAUAUUAUCUCAAAAAUGGGCUGCCCAGUCUCGAAAGCUUCCAGUCCACCUGCUUACAGUUACGCCCCGUUGCCUGGCGACGGAACGAUUAGAGUGUUGACACUAUAUGGCGGGAACCUCGAGGACCCGCUUAGGGGGGAGCUCGAGUGCGUUGCCGUUGACGCUGCCGGGGUGUAUGAGCCUCUCUCGUACGUCUGGGGCAAUGAUACGCUCACGAACGAGAUAUUCCUACCGACCGCACAACUCAAACUUACCGCCAGCAUCUACCAUGCCCUGAGACGACUCAGACCGCGCACCGGUUCCCGACGCGUGUGGGCCGACCAGGUUUGCAUUGAUCAGCGCAAUACGGAAGAGAGGUCCCAGCAGGUGCAGUUCAUGAACAGGAUCUAUAGGAAUGGGAGUCACGUACAGGUCUGGCUUGGCCUUGACGAGCAGGAUUUGGCCGAACAGGCCUUCUCCUUUGUACGACACCUGGCCGGGCUCCUCGCAAACGACAAGGAACAUACUGCCUUCGAUAUGGACAAUUUGGCCGACCAAUCAGUCGAUUACUGGAUGCCCCUCAGACAUAUAACCACUCUCCCAUGGUUCCGGCGUGGCUGGAUCGUUCAGGAGAUUGGCACCAGAACUCCCGCAACGCUGCUUUGGGGGGAAGCAGAAAUGGCGUGGGACGCACUGAACGACGUGUGUGAGAAGCUUGCAGAGUACCAUCAUUUGAGAGUCAAGUUCAAGGUGGCAACUUCGGUAAUCAAGUACCUUCAUCGCCGCUUCGUCGAACCCGAGACACGGAGCCGGCACGACAACCGGUUCAGCUUCAUUUACGAGCUCCAUCGAGCCCGGCACCUGAAUUUCACGGAUCCCUUAGACCGGGUAUAUGCCAUGCUGGGACACUACUCCAUCCGCCAUGGACGCAACAACGAGCUGAAGAGGUUGGUAGUGGACUACGAGAAAUCCGUCGAGGAGGUCUACACCGACGUUGCUGCGAGGGCCCUGACCGGAGACAAUGACUCUCUCAUCACUUUGGCGGCCGUACAGCAUACAAGAUCUCCCUCCCCCAUCGAAGCUUCGCCGAGGCGAGAGCGCAGACUGCCGUCGUGGGCGCCGGACUGGAGAACUAGCCAAGGGCAUAUCAUGUCAGAACCCACUAGUCCUCACCGCGCCUGUGGCUCGAAGAAGCCAGAUCUGCGCAUUACCCCAUCCGCUCCGGAGGUGCUCACCAUUCGCGGCACUAGAAUCGACUUGAUCGAGAACUGCUCUGAUGUGCUGGAAAAGGGGGCAUUUCACGAGAAGAAAAUCAACAGCGGUAACACCACGCGGGCCGCGGUCGAGACUCUCUGGACGGAGAUCUGCGGGAACGCAAACGGCUUUGGUCUGCACAACAAGUACGCCGGCGGAGAAGAGAGCAGUUUCUUCGCCUAUGUCCAGACACUCAGCAACGGCUGCAUGGCCAUCUACUGGCAGGACCACGCCGCCGAGGAGUACGGCGCUGUCCCGCACGAGAAAUGGCUCGCCCACGGCGCUGCCUAUCUCGCCAAAGUGGUAGACAAGGCGGCCAUCUCUCCCGAGCUCCGUGGCCUGGCCGAGAAGGGAGACGCGCACAAGUGGAGCCGUGCGGCCACGGGCGCAUCACACAAUCGGAGGUUUGCCCGGACGACCAGGGGAUACUUUGUGAUGGGGCCGCAGGCCAUGGAGAAGGCUGACAUUGUCUGCGUGCUCUUUGGCGGGAAGAUGCCAUUUUGUCUCCGUCCCUGUCCGGGCUCUGGGUUUUACUUGCUGGUUGGAGAGUGUUACGUACACGGGUUCAUGAAUGGGGAGGCUGUAGAUACGGGUAUGCUCGAAAGGCGGGAGGUUGAUGAGCGUGUCUUUGAAAUUGUUUGAUUGGACGUCGAGUACAUGUAACUACCUACCCAAGACAACCCUUUAAUACAGAUCUGUACCUAUCCAUGGUUGUCUUCAAGCCCACUAAUUUGUCUGUUGUUUCGUUUCUGGGAAUAAGUAAUAACGAGGACGCAGUUGGCCACCCCAACCCAAGCCAGGAGGGCCAGAGGCGCGGAUGCCUUCGAAGCCGGUGAGAGGGCUGAGGGAGAGUCCCACCAGUCACAGCGCUCU